AUUUAAGUUACUUAGAAACUUUCGAUCAAGUACACUUUUCCUAAUGCCUCAAACCUGAUUAGAAUUUUUAACAUGUUGCUGAGAGCUUAUGAUUUGGGUUUCUUUUGUUGCCUUUUAAUUCUUCUUUACAUGAAUGAAAUCCCUGCGGAUCCUCUGCCUGUUUAUGAGGAAUCCGAUUUACUCCCUAGAUCGGAUUCCUUAAUGAGCAGGCAGAGGGAACCGCCUAUCCUUCCAGAAUAUCCACAAGAAGUGAAACUAAAAAUAGAUCCAGGACUCGAUGACAACAGUGGCGGAAACAAGUUCUACGCCGAGGAGUCUAUGGUUGAGGAGGAACAACAUUGUGAUGAUCACGAACACACAACCGCAUCAGGAACUGGUCGGAUAACUCCUAGUUUCCGUAGCCUAGUAGUCUUCUAAAUCAUGGUUGUACAAUUGAAUAACUAAAAAAAAUAAUAGUUAUUUUUUAAAAAUGUAGUUUUAAUAAUUUUCUUAAAGAAUCGAAAGAA